CAUCAGGGAAGUGAUGUGAAUCUUGUUACAGCAGACCAGGUGUCUCCUCUCCAUGAAGCCUGCCUAGGGGGUCAUGCUGCUUGUGCAAGUGUCCUAUUAAAACAUGGUGCUCAGGUGAAUGGAGUUACUGUCGACUGGCACACUCCAUUGUUCAGCGCUUGUGUCAGUGGCAGUGUGGCUUGCUUGAAUUUAUUGCUGCAGCACGGAGCCAGCCCACACCCCCCCUGUGACUUGGCAUCCCCUAUCCAUGAAGCUGCUAAGAGAG